AUGGACUCUCUACGGAACGAGCCUCCUUUUCAACAACCAGACAAACGCAUCUUUGGGCUGGACGGCUAUGAUAAUUACCAGGCGCCACAGGAGAACGGAAAGCAGCUCUUUGACCGGAGAAUGUGGGUUUCAGGGAGCUUGAAGUUUCGAAAAACACCAAGGAUCGGGGAAAGCCUACGAUGCAUUGAACGCAUCCAGCUGGUCAGAAGAGUAGGCGACUCGGUGUUUGUGGCUGUUCUGCGAGAAACACGGAAAUUGGAUUUCGAUAGUGAAGUGGAAGGUGGAUCCGUCAAAGUCGGCAAUGAAAAUACUGGAGACGUGUUAGUCAGCGAGCUUCGGUCGUUGGUAUACAAAUGGAGGGCUGAUGCCUCGGAGAAUACGGAAACCAAAACCACUGAAUCCAGCUCAACGGUUACUCAGAACGAGACGAAUCCCGAUACCACCUUGGAAUUCACAAUAUCGGCUUCUCAGGUGUCCCGAUUCAGUGCUCUCCAGUACAAUAUUCACAAAAUCCACUACAACUGUGACUACUGUCUCUCCGAGGGCCUUUCAGACGUCAUCGUGCUGGGACCGAUGCUUGUGAAUAUCAUGCUACAUUACUUUGCGCUGAGGUAUCCCAAAGCAGCAAUUGAGCUGUUUUCGUACCGUAUGAGCGAGCCGUGCUAUGUGGAUAGGCAAUUGAGGAUCAGUAUGGAGAAUGGCGAGAAAAAUGUGGAGAUAGCAGUGUGGGAGGGCAAUAAGAAGUUGUGCAACGGCACAGCGAAGAAGUCCACUGGUUGA